UAAUUUUCCUGAAAAAUUAAACUUGAACUUGUUGCUUUUUUUUUUUAAAUUAAAUCUAAAUCUAAUUAUCUGAGACACUAGCAUCAAUUCUCAACGUAAGGAUAAUGGCUUUUUAUAUACCUUACCAUGGAUUUUUGAAGCCCGGAUGUAUGUUAGAUAAAAAAUUUACUGCGUUGAAAUCAAUGCGUGAAACGGAAUCAUUGACGGAAAAGAUCAAUAAAGUGAACUCACGAUUUACAUUAUGUACUAGCCUGAAGCAUGUUUGUUCGAUUCUUGACAUUCCAUUAGAAUACGCUCUCAAAGUUAAAGUAAAAGAGAUAGAAGAUGAUCUUGUUUUAUCAAGUAUCAAUGCUUUAAACACAGAGACAAGUUCCUCUGUUAUAUUUAGAAUGUCAUAUAUACAGGAAAAGCAUGUAACAAAAGAUACCGGUACAGCAAUCAAUCAACCAUUAAAAGAUUCAGGACUAUAUUUUGUUAGAGAAAUAUCUGUUGGGAAUGAAAUAAUAAUCAUAAUGACAGUUACAGCAGAUUCCGACUUUCAGGAGAAGUUCAGAAAGUGUCUACAAGGCGAGCACUCUGGAGAACUGAACAAGAAAAUAUUGAAAAAGUUAUCCCACGAAUCAGAUGGGUUAGACAAAAUUAUUUGCCAAUAUCAUCUUGAACUGUCAAUGAGCAUUUAUCAUUUUGAUCACUUGCAACAGUGUCCUGCUAGCAUACAAGGUAUGGUAAAAACUCUACAAAGUUUUCAGGAAAGGUGUGACAAUUGGAAGAAGCAAGAACCCAAAGACGGCAUUUCAGAUAAACAAAUGACGUGUUAUUUUGCUGACUUUCAUAAUGUGGAGUUUAUUAGCGGGAAUAGUCCAUCACAAGAAGAACAUGAACAUGGCUCACGUGAAGAAAGGUUCUAUUUAACAGUGGCCAUAGAGAAUUUUAAAAAAGGGGUCAAUAAGAAAGAAGAUGACAUUAAAAUCUACUGUAAAAUAUUUAAACUUCUUUGUCGGUGUGAUGAACUCAGAACUACUUUGGAAACAUUAAAACCUAAGUGGGUGUCACGCAAUUUAAAGGAACAAGCAAAAGAGCACUUGGAAAAUAUUCAGUCAUCAAAACAAGAACUACAACAAAUUGUUCUUAAUCUUAAUUUUAUUGAUCCACCAGACAAGGAUAGUAUUAAAAAUGACCAUAUGAAAAAGGCGAAAAUUUUUAUAAAGUCUCUUACAGAGCAAUAUCCACAAGGCGAGGAUCUGAACAUUUUACUGAUAGGGAAAACUGGGCAUGGGAAAAGUUCAACAGGAAACUCUAUUCUUGGAAAAGAUGAAUUCAAAGUUUCCGAUUCUUGUAACUCUGUCACAGAGAACAUACAACAAGGAAUCAUUUUCAUUAAUGGGCGUAAAAUUAAAGUUCUGGAUACUCCUGGUAUAAUGGACACUACUUUGAAUAAAAAAAGCGAAAUGUAUGAGAAGGCUACGUUUCACUUUAGUAACGCUUUUUCUCUAUUUCCUGAAGGUUUUCAUGCAUUUGUCUUUGUAUAUCGAAAGGGACAAAAGGUGACAACGGAAGAAGUAGAGACUAUUGAAAGUUUGAAACACUUGCUGGGCAAGGAUAUAAUCAAGAAACAGUGUGUAUGUGUCUUUACUGGUAAAGACAAGGCAGAUAGCGACGAAACAUUUGAACUUUGGUGCCAUGAGCAGACAGGUGAAAUGAAGAAAGUCAUCGAAGAGUGUAAUUACAGGUGUGUUUUGUUCGACAACAAAACUUUUGAUGAAGCACAAAAAAAAAAUCAAAGACGCAAAUUAAUUAAAGUUAUUGAUGAAAUACGAUGUGAUAGCGAACCUUAUACCUGUAAAUUAUUCGAUUUAAUAAAGCAACUAAGACAAGUUUUCAUUAAAAAACAUGUAGAUUUUGAAACCAAGAAUGAAUUGAAUGAAAGGCUUGAUGCUGCUAAAGCCUAUUGGAAAGACAUAAAAACUAAUCAUAGAUUUACCAUUAAGGUACAAAAAAAGUUAACUAGAGACAUUCAGGAAAUAAAGAGCAUUAUAAAGAGCAUGCCCGAAUUAGAGUGCAUGAAAAACCCUACUAACGAAUUAUUUUGUGAAAUAACGAAAGAAGGAUUGAAAAAUUCAUCAAAAAUAGAUGCAGAAUUUAAGAAACUGAAACCAUAUCAUGAUCAAAUUAAGACAGAUUUAGUCAAACACUACAAUGAGUUAACGUAUAUGUUACAAAGUGAAAUUAAAACUAACAACUUGUGUAAGAUAAUGUAAAUUUUGUUUCACUUCAUAUGCUUACUAGCUAUGAAAUUGAAACAAUUACUGACUAUUUUGUGAUAGAAACAAACUGCCAGUAAUAUAUAUUCCCUCUCGUUUAAAUUGAUUUGCAUAAACAUAUAGAACUGUAUAUAAAUUUCAGCAAAAUUUGGUAUGCUGGAGUAUAUUGACGGUUCAAAUAAACUAUGAAAACUCUCCGCACGAAUAUGUACAAUAAUUCAGCCUCUGGAUUCUCCAUUAAAAAACAAGCUAAAAAAAAAAAAGCAUGCGUUUUGGCGCCAACACUAUUCGGCAUCUUCUCGUUUGUCCUUGCCAGUGCCUUUUAGGAAGGCUCUGGACAUAUCCAGAUGGAGGGUCCUGGUUUGAAAAUGGCAUUAAACACCAGAAGUAGAAAAAAAGGUAGUCGAGUAUUUUUAAUUGUUUAUUAAAUGUAAAUAUUUCUAGAAAAGGUUUAGUUUGUUGUUGAUUGCAUAAGGCUUGUCUUCGAGCCCGAAGAUUAAUGAGGAGUGCAGUAUUUCGUUUCUUUCGCCUUUAAUUUCUUAUUUACAACAAUAAUAAUAAAAUGGCCCUCAAGUAAACGCUCCACGAUACAGUCCUAUGUCCAGCUGUCACAUGCCAGUUUUAGAACCCCUGUAAUAUUUGGUGACUAGUAGUCACUUAACUAUUCCGUGCAGUUAGCACGAGAUUUUUUCUUGGUCGGGGACUGACCACGGGGUGAACACCUCAGUUGAUCUUGGACUUUUGUAGAGAGAGGAGCGUUACCAUCUCCUCGUAUACAAUGUAUAAGUAUUAAAGUAACAUUGAUUUGUGAGCAACAUAUAUAUUUCAUUGGAUUAAUUAAGUGAGGAACUGGAUGUAUAAUUUGUGAUGGCUGAAGUCGCCAAUAUCUUUUGUGAAUUAUUUCAUAUAUUUCAUGUAAAUAAAAACCAUGUCUGCUA